GAGAUCAGCAGCCUUCUGUUCUCUUAUCAGCUGCCAAUUAUUAGGGUUUCUCAAUUAACAUCGCCGUUUAGUUCUUCACACAAAGAGAGAGAGAGAGAGAGACGAAAUGGCAAGAAUCAAAGUUCAUGAGCUGAGGGGAAAAUCAAAGACUGAGCUUUUGGCUCAGUUAAAGGAUCUUAAAGCGGAACUUGCUCUCCUCCGUGUUGCUAAGGUCACUGGCGGUGCCCCUAACAAACUCUCCAAAAUUAAGGUGGUGAGGUUGUCAAUAGCACAAGUAUUGACUGUGAUAUCACAGAAGCAGAAGACAGCACUGAGAGAAGCUUAUAAGAACAAGAAGUACUUGCCGCUUGACCUUCGUCCCAAAAAGACCAGGGCCAUUCGUAAACGUCUUACCAAACAUCAGGCAUCUUUGAAGACCGAAAGGGAGAAGAAGAAAGAGAUGUACUUUCCAAUUAGAAAGUAUGCCAUUAAGGUUUAAAUUGAUCCAACUUAGAUAGUUUGUGAUGUUAGCAGUUGCAGAGCAAAGUUGAGGAUCACAUUUUGCCAUUUUGCAAUGUUAUAUUUUGUAUUACUACUAUUAUUGCAUUAUGAGGUUGGAGUUUUGUUAUUUUGUUUGCCUUCUUUUUCUCGCUUAUUAGAUAUACAGAACUUGUCUUAUGCUUGCA